AAGCGCGAUGAAGAGAUACAAAAUGGAUCCUGGAGUGGUGCCGCCGCUGGCUGGAAGCGCGAUACUAAUGCACAAAAUGAUAUCGUUCCCGGCAAGAAGCGCGAUGAAGAAAUACAAAAUGGAUCCUGGAGUGGUGCCGCCGCUGGCUGGAAGCGCGAUGCUAAUGCACAAAAUGAUAUUGUCCCCGGCAAGAAGCGUGAUGAAGAAAUACAAAACGGAUCCUGGAGUGGUGCCGCCGCUGGCUGGAAGCGUAGUGCUAACACUCAAUAUUGA